AUGUGUUCCCGCAAUCUAGCAAUUUCGUUGGCAUUGAUUAUCGCACUGGUACCACUGUCAACUGUCGCCUUACCUCACCACAGCAUCGUGAAGCGCAGCUCUUUUUUUGACAUCGAAUGUAAAGGACAGUUCAACAAACAGAUCUUCUACCGGUUGGACCGAAUAUGUGAAGACUGCUACUCGCUGUUCCGGGAGCCACAGAUACUCUCCUUCUGCAAGGAGGGCUGCUUCGGGACGGACUACUUCUUGGCAUGCGUGGAAGCACUGUUUCUCGAGGAGGAGAAGGAAAAGUUCAUGAAAUGGCGCGAAAUGUUGGGCAAGAAGAAGUAA